CCCCACUUCUCAGUUCCCCUUCGUUCCUCCCUUCUUCUUCCUCCAUCAAAUUAUUUCUCACGAAGCAAAAACAAAACUGAAAUGGUUUCUCUGGAAACAGUUCUACCAGCAGUCAAUAAAUCCACCACCAUGGAUCAACCGACAUCAAGCCCUAGAAUCUCAUUCUCCUCCGAAUUCCUCGACGAGAACAACUUCAUCUCCAUCAGCCCCAACCACCGCCCCCGCGAAAUCCAAAACCAGAAACCUCCCCUAUCCCCAUCGCCGAUUCGAACCGCUGCGGAUCUCCAAUUCGAGUUCCUCUCCAACACCGGGCCGGCGGCGGCGGCGGCGGGGCAUGCCAAGAUGCUGACCGCCGACGAGCUCUUCUUCGAAGGGAAGCUCCUCCCGUUCUGGCAAAUGCAGCAGUCGGAGCGGCUCCACAAAAUCAGCCUCAAUUGCGACGACGCCGGAGAGGCGGCGAAUCCGGCGAGCAAAGAAGAAAAUGCGCCGACGGGGACGAGGGCGGCGGCGGUGAACUGGUUCGUGGACGACGAUCCGUCGCCGCGGCCGCCGAAUUGCACGGUACUGUGGAAGGAGCUGCUGAGGCUGAAGAAGAAGCAGAGGGCGGCGGCGUCGUCGCUCUCGCCUUCUUCGUCUUCGUCCUCCAAUUCCUCGUCUUCCAGCUCGCUCGCCGACGCCGCCGUCGCGGCGGAGGAGAAGAAGAAGAAGAAGGGGGAGAAAUUAGAAAGCAAGAGCAGUAAUAACACAAAUCAGGUGAAGAGGGCGGCAAAGAGAGGAUUGGAGAGGACGAGAUCGGCGAGCAUUCGGAUUAGGCCGAUGAUUAAUGUCCCGAUUUGCAGCCAGAGGAAGAGCAGCAGCGCAUUGCCGCCAUUCUUCCCGCUCAAGAAAGGCAGAGUAGUGGAGCGGUGAAUAAAACAAGAGCAGAGAGCAAGGGGAAAUGAAUCUGUCUGUGUAUGGAGGAGGGUGUGUUAUGGUAGGAUUUUGGAAUUUUUCCAGUAAUUUUUAUUUUUUCUUCUCUUAAUGAUCCUUUUUUUUGUUGUUGUCAAUUUUAUGUAUUUGUGAUGGUUGAAGCUAUAGAGUUAAGGUAAAUUGAUGUGGAUCUGAUUGUGGGAUUAUAUAUAAAAUGUAAAUUUGCUGACAUUUUACUUUCAAGUAUUGGAUUGUAUUUUGUGUCGAAUAAAUUAUUUGUCAAUUC